GUUACGACUACACAGCAAAGCUUUAAAAGCUCCCAUACAGGGCGUGAAAUGAAAGGUUACGUUGGCCGUCAAUUUUCUAUUUUUAGACCAGAUAUCUGCUAUGAUUAAGACACAAUAUGUAACGUUUGUAUGUAUUAUUAUGUUGAGUGCUAUGCUGGAAACGGAAUCCGUUGUGAAAAGAAGCUAUUCGGACCAAUCUGUGAGGGGUUAUAUUACUGAGAGGACGUGCUGGUGGAAUGAAGUUUGUAAAGAAGAAUUUCAAAUACUGUUCAGAUGCAAAUGCCCCUCCUGGUCUUACUGUCGGAGUCCAGGCAGAUACUACAACGCGGUGUGUUCCAUGACAGAGACGGGAUACAUUUGGGAUCAGCCAAAUUCUGAAUGGCGUGGACAGUGAAUCUCAACCAGUUAGGUGUUAUGAGGUGUACAGUUCUAGUUCAUCAGGAAUAACAAGGAUUGUAAACAUAUAUAAGCCUGUGAUUGUGCCAAGUUAACAACGAUUCUAAUUUGAGACUGAUCCAAUACUAAAAGAAAUGAAAUUUCGUCUUAUAUUUUCGUAAUUAUGUAACCUAAAAUAAUAUUGAUUUGUUCCUGUUCAAAUUGUAAAUACAUCGUGUUCUCUUCGUCAUUUUACUGAAGACUUGUGAAAUGUCUAAAUAAAAAUAUGUUUACGUAA